AUGGAUGAAGCAUAGAAAAAUUAUCUAAAUUUAUUGAAGAAGACAUUCGAAAAAAGGCAAGAGUUUAUUAGAUAUGACGUUGUGCUAUUUUAACAAUUCAGAAAUAAAUUGACUGUUCACAGCGCAGCGAUCUCAAGGAAUUCUGAAAUGCUUGUGUGUGGUUGUAGCAAGGUGUGUUGUAUCUUAUAAUUAUAAUAAUAGAGUAUCAUAAUCUUAUAUGACCUUAUAUCUAAGUAAGCUAUUAAGGCAACAAAUAAAAAGCAAUUGUAAUUUAGAAAACAUCAAAUAGUAACUGUUGCAUUUUCGAAUUGUUAUGAUUAUAUUAUUGCAGGUAAAAAUUAAUACAAUUUAGGAAAUACUAUGGGGGAUUUGCUAAUUUAUGAAAUUUCAAUUGACAUUUAAAAUUAGAAAUUUGAUUUAGAUCUUAUGAGAUUUGUACCAUAAUAUCAUGAAAAAGCAUUAUAAAUAAUAUUUCAUUCAAGCAUUGAUCAUUUAUUAACAAUAAGCAGUGACAAACUUAGAGUUACAAUGAUAAGCGAGUUUAUACAGAAUGAAAACAUUGAUUAAUCUUAACAUCAGAUUUGUCAAAAUUUAGGAGGAGCAACAACUUCAAAAUUGUCAUAUUAUAAUAAUCAUUAUUAUUUAUACAUAGGAAUGAGAAAUAACAAAAUAGUAUAAAUUAGAUCAUGUAUUUAAACUUAUAAUUAAUUUAGCACAACUUUAUUCAAAACCUAAAAAUGAAACAUUUGUUUACUAGAUAAAUAGUUUUAGUUCUGUGAUUAGUAAACUUGAAGUAUCAAAUGAUUAGACUCUGUUAGCAAUCGGCUACCAAAGUGGAUAAUAGGAAUAAGGAAACUUAUAGAUAGUUUAUUUAAAAUAGGGAAAAUAAAUAUUUUCAUAAAAUGGAAUUACAAAAUUAAAAAUAAGUUAAUUGUUAUUCUUUAAUUCAAAUUCUCACUUAUGCAUUAGUUCUUGGGAUGGAACCUUUCAUAUUUUGGACAUCAAAAGUAAACAAAUUUUAUAAACAUACUCUCAUGUAAUGCAUGAAUAAGGAGUGAUAACCUUCUUUCCUUUAACAGAAGUAUCUGAGUUUCCAAAUCUUAUAUCUAUUGGAUAGGAUCAUCAAAUUAAAAAAUAUUAUUUCGGAAAAAUAAAAGAAUAAUUAUUCGAAUAUAUUCCUUUCAUAUUUUGGGUUGAGUAAAGAAUAAGACAAGAAUUAUAAUUCUAAAGUGAAUUACAUAAUUAUUAAAAGUUACUUUAUAUAGAAAGUAUGGGAGUAGAUAGUGUUAAAAUGAGAGAAUUAAAUUAAAGUAUUUUUGGAUUUGAAAAAUUCGAUCCUCUAAUAAAACGAAUUAUAGAUUAUACAGAAUAUAAAGAAAGAGCAUUCAAUUUAUACAAAAGAUAUGAAUUAGAAAUGUAACAAACAAUGGCUUCUUAAAUAUAACGACCUCAUAAAUUACCUCCUUUAGAUAUACAAUAAAAAAAUCCAUAAAUUGAUGUUCCUGAAAAUCUUAUUCAAAGUGGAAUUUUAGUUAAUCCAAUAUAAUUUCAAGAACCUUUGAAAUUAUUUUCAGAAUAUUUUUCAUUCACCUUUAAAAGAAUAAGUGAUACUAUUGUAUUUGAAAGAAUUAAAUUGAUGGUUUUAUAAAAAUGCAAUUUCAUAUUUGAUGAGAAAUACCCUUUCAAAUAACAUUUAUUCUCGAAUCUAAAAAGAAUGAAAAAUUUAAAAUACCUAGAUCUAUCCUAUAACUCAUUGUACUUAGAAGAUGUAUUAUAAAUUUUAGAUCAACUAAAAAAUGUAACUUUAUUGGAUUUUUUAAGUUUGGCCCAUAAUAAUUUAGGAGAUAGUUCAACAGUUAAAUUCAAUAACUCUGACGCAAUUAUGAGGCUUUUAGAUGAAGUUGAGGCAAUUUCUUUAAGGUCAAAUAAUUUAUCAGAUAUAGAUGGAGAAGCUAUUUUGAAUUAAAUAAAACAUGUAAGAAUAUUUAACAUAUUAAAUAGUUUAAAAAGUUAAAAAUAUUAGAUGUUUCUGGUAAUUUAUCUUUUAAAUAUAAGACCUUAUAGGCUUUAUAGAGAAUAACAAUUUUGUCAAAUAAAAUUGAAUUUUCUUCAUAAAGAAAUGAUUUUCUAAAUUUCUUAAAUAAUAUUAAACUUCUAUAAGAAAAUGAAUAAUAACAAGAACUUGAGGAUUAAGUAAAAUCAUAGGAUAAGUAAAGUAAUUUAGGGGAAAAUGAAAAGUUAAUUGAAAAUCUACCUGAUUAGUAACCUUCUUAGACUUUGGAUAGAUCCGCUUCAAUAUCUAGUUCUGGUAAUUAUAUGUCCUUACAAUUAUUAUGUAUUUAAUUUUAGAAAGAAGUUUGUGAAUAAGCAAUGAAAACAGCAACAGAUUUUUUGGUUUAAAGAAAAAUAACAAAUUUAUAUAUAUAUGUUGUUGAUAAUAAAGAGGAUGAUGUGUGGGAGACAUCUAUAUCAAUAUAUUAUACUAGAGGGCUGAAAAAGUUAAAUGAUUAUAUUUUUGGUUGCAUAGGAGGAGCUAUUUUGGUGGUAUUAUCAUGUUUUGUAGGAAUUUAUUAAAAUAUCAGACAAGAAGGUUUUUAUUGUAUUAGAAGAAUAUUUUGUACAAAUUAUUUUCUUUGGAAAUAUUUAGCUUGUGGAUUUUGUACUGUAUUAACUACAUCUUUUGGAAAGUUUAUUGUUAAAUUANAUUUUUGGAUUUGAAAAAUUCGAUCCUCUAAUAAAACGAAUUAUAGAUUAUACAGAAUAUAAAGAAAGAGCAUUCAAUUUAUACAAAAGAUAUGAAUUAGAAAUGUAACAAACAAUGGCUUCUUAAAUAUAACGACCUCAUAAAUUACCUCCUUUAGAUAUACAAUAAAAAAAUCCAUAAAUUGAUGUUCCUGAAAAUCUUAUUCAAAGUGGAAUUUUAGUUAAUCCAAUAUAAUUUCAAGAACCUUUGAAAUUAUUUUCAGAAUAUUUUUCAUUCACCUUUAAAAGAAUAAGUGAUACUAUUGUAUUUGAAAGAAUUAAAUUGAUGGUUUUAUAAAAAUGCAAUUUCAUAUUUGAUGAGAAAUACCCUUUCAAAUAACAUUUAUUCUCGAAUCUAAAAAGAAUGAAAAAUUUAAAAUACCUAGAUCUAUCCUAUAACUCAUUGUACUUAGAAGAUGUAUUAUAAAUUUUAGAUCAACUAAAAAAUGUAACUUUAUUGGAUUUUUUAAGUUUGGCCCAUAAUAAUUUAGGAGAUAGUUCAACAGUUAAAUUCAAUAACUCUGACGCAAUUAUGAGGCUUUUAGAUGAAGUUGAGGCAAUUUCUUUAAGGUCAAAUAAUUUAUCAGAUAUAGAUGGAGAAGCUAUUUUGAAUUAAAUAAAACAUGUAAGAAUAUUUAACAUAUUAAAUAGUUUAAAAAGUUAAAAAUAUUAGAUGUUUCUGGUAAUUUAUCUUUUAAAUAUAAGACCUUAUAGGCUUUAUAGAGAAUAACAAUUUUGUCAAAUAAAAUUGAAUUUUCUUCAUAAAGAAAUGAUUUUCUAAAUUUCUUAAAUAAUAUUAAACUUCUAUAAGAAAAUGAAUAAUAACAAGAACUUGAGGAUUAAGUAAAAUCAUAGGAUAAGUAAAGUAAUUUAGGGGAAAAUGAAAAGUUAAUUGAAAAUCUACCUGAUUAGUAACCUUCUUAGACUUUGGAUAGAUCCGCUUCAAUAUCUAGUUCUGGUAAUUAUAUGUCCUUACAAUUAUUAUGUAUUUAAUUUUAGAAAGAAGUUUGUGAAUAAGCAAUGAAAACAGCAACAGAUUUUUUGGUUUAAAGAAAAAUAACAAAUUUAUAUAUAUAUGUUGUUGAUAAUAAAGAGGAUGAUGUGUGGGAGACAUCUAUAUCAAUAUAUUAUACUAGAGGGCUGAAAAAGUUAAAUGAUUAUAUUUUUGGUUGCAUAGGAGGAGCUAUUUUGGUGGUAUUAUCAUGUUUUGUAGGAAUUUAUUAAAAUAUCAGACAAGAAGGUUUUUAUUGUAUUAGAAGAAUAUUUUGUACAAAUUAUUUUCUUUGGAAAUAUUUAGCUUGUGGAUUUUGUACUGUAUUAACUACAUCUUUUGGAAAGUUUAUUGUUAAAUUAUUUGGUGUAGAAUAAUCAUACUUUGAGUACAAUCCUAAAAUUAUAAAUUUAGAAUAAGAAUUAAGAAAUAUCAGAUAUAUAGGAUUUAUACUUUUUGCAAUCUAUUUUGUCAGCUAUUAUUUUGUUGUUGUCUUUUUACCAAUAAUAUUUGUUAAUACUUGUUAAGGUUAACAAUGGUUAGGUCAUUUGAUUUAUAUUGCUUUUGCUUGUUAUUCUUUUCUUGUAGAAGGGUAUCUUGGUUUAACAAUCAGUAAUCUAAAAGUUACUACUAAUGAAUAUACUGAUGGUAGCAUAUUGGCAAGAUAUUUUUAUAUAAUUAAGGAUUUACUAAUUAGUCAGUUAACUAAAUUUGAAUUGUAUACAUGCAUUUGUUUUAUUGUAUUAGUAAAUUCUUGUUAAAUAUCUGUUGCCAUAGCUUGGAUUGGAGUUGGAAUAAUUUGUUUUAAUUUACUAUUAGAUUUAGCUUUGAUUGUGAGAUAUUUAUUGGUUCCUUGCAUAAAUCAGAAAAAACCUUCAUAUAUAGAUAUAUUUACGUAGUUUUCAACUCUUUAUUAAAUGAAUAUUGUUACAAAUUUACUUGAAAAAUGGUCUGAAUAAAAUACAAUUUAUAUAUUUUUCUUAAAAUCAGAUGUACCACAAAAAGUUGUAGUUUCGAUUAUUAAAACUUUUAUUCAAGACACUCCAUUACUUAUUUUAUAAGCAGUAUACUUAGGUAUGAACCCAACUCAAAUAAAAAUUUAAACUUUUGUUGUUUCUUUUACAACAGUGAUCAUUCAUUUUAUUUUUUCUAUGAUUAAAAUGUUGUCAAUUACUCGAGCUGCUAAAAUUAAUGAAGAAAUUGUAUUAACAGAAGUUUCAAAAGCUAAAUUUCCUAAUAAAUAAAUUAAAAUAUUUAAAGAAUUAAAAAAAUUUAUUAGAAAUCUAAAAAAAAAGUUUUAAACUUUAAUUUAUGAACAUAAUUAAAGAAGUGAAAAUUUAAUUACUUCAUUAGUAGAUGCAGAAAAAGCACUUCUUAACAGACCUCAUACUAUGUAAAAUUUUGAAUUAUAUCAAAAAUAAAAGAGCUCUAAGAUCCUUCCUGCUAGAAAGGGAAUAACUUAAAUAGGAAAUAAAAUUUAAAGAAUAAAUGUUUCAAAAAAUUCGAAGGUAAAUUAAGAAGAGCUUCAGAAAUUAAUCUCGGUAAAAGCCUCACUUGAUAUAUUUGGAAAUAAGGUUAAAAGUUGGAAGAUUAACAAUGAAAUACCACUUGAUGUAACUGAUGUUUUAUUAAAUGAUGUUCCUAGAUAAUUUUUUACAAUCGAUUUAGAUUGGGAAGCAACUUAACCUUGGGUAGGGAAUAUGAGAAUAUCUUCUUUGAAAUAAGAAAUAGAAGGUUUUAAGUUGGCCUAUCUUCACUUUUAAAAUUUAGAAAAUUUAAAUAUUUUGGAUCUGGGUUUUGGUUCUGGAUAUGUUUCUUUAUUUUUAUUGGCACUAGCACUAAAAAGGAAAAAGGUGUUUUAAAUUCAAUUACAUUUAGUUGAUCAUCAUCCUGAUGCUAUCAAAUUUUUUGAACAGAAAUUAAAUACCGAAUUUUCACAUUUAAAUAAAAUGUGUAAAAUUUAAUACUAUUUACAUGAUUGCUUUGAUGGACUUAACUUGUUUUAAGAUAAAAAAUUUAACUUUAUACAUCUAGGCUACGCGACAACUAAAUGGAGAAUAAAUAAAGAUAUUAUUCCAUUACUUUCAGAAGAUGGAUUGAUUUUUGGUUAUGAAAUAGUCAGUAGUUUAGAAUAAAAAGCGUUUUCAUGGAGUUAAACUCAAAAAUAAAUGGUUUAUUCUUAAAAUUUAGAAUAAUAUGGAAUUAUGGAACCACUUACAAUACAAUUAAAAGGAAUUGAUUAGUCUAUUUUAGAAAAUUAAAUUAAGUAGAAAUUAGAUAUUUUAAAAUAUAUAAAGUUGUAUGAUUAAUGUGGUUUAUGUGAAAAAUAGCUGACUAAAGAAGAUAAGUAAUUUAUUAAUCAUUACUGGGGGGAAGGCUUAUGCAUGUCUUGUGCAAAUGAGCAAUUAGAAUAAUAGGGCGAAGAAAUUGAUAUAGCCAAAAUUAAUUAUAGAUCUAACAUAAUCUACUACACAGGCAGUAAUUGCAAAUUAUCAUAGAUAAAGCAAACUUCUAUUUUGUUAGAAAACUUAACUUACCCAUUUGGUCAUAAAGUGGGAACAAUUAGAGAGUAUUCAAAUGUUUGUUCAUCUUGUAAUUCUAAAAGAGNUUAAAGAAUUAAAAAAAUUUAUUAGAAAUCUAAAAAAAAAGUUUUAAACUUUAAUUUAUGAACAUAAUUAAAGAAGUGAAAAUUUAAUUACUUCAUUAGUAGAUGCAGAAAAAGCACUUCUUAACAGACCUCAUACUAUGUAAAAUUUUGAAUUAUAUCAAAAAUAAAAGAGCUCUAAGAUCCUUCCUGCUAGAAAGGGAAUAACUUAAAUAGGAAAUAAAAUUUAAAGAAUAAAUGUUUCAAAAAAUUCGAAGGUAAAUUAAGAAGAGCUUCAGAAAUUAAUCUCGGUAAAAGCCUCACUUGAUAUAUUUGGAAAUAAGGUUAAAAGUUGGAAGAUUAACAAUGAAAUACCACUUGAUGUAACUGAUGUUUUAUUAAAUGAUGUUCCUAGAUAAUUUUUUACAAUCGAUUUAGAUUGGGAAGCAACUUAACCUUGGGUAGGGAAUAUGAGAAUAUCUUCUUUGAAAUAAGAAAUAGAAGGUUUUAAGUUGGCCUAUCUUCACUUUUAAAAUUUAGAAAAUUUAAAUAUUUUGGAUCUGGGUUUUGGUUCUGGAUAUGUUUCUUUAUUUUUAUUGGCACUAGCACUAAAAAGGAAAAAGGUGUUUUAAAUUCAAUUACAUUUAGUUGAUCAUCAUCCUGAUGCUAUCAAAUUUUUUGAACAGAAAUUAAAUACCGAAUUUUCACAUUUAAAUAAAAUGUGUAAAAUUUAAUACUAUUUACAUGAUUGCUUUGAUGGACUUAACUUGUUUUAAGAUAAAAAAUUUAACUUUAUACAUCUAGGCUACGCGACAACUAAAUGGAGAAUAAAUAAAGAUAUUAUUCCAUUACUUUCAGAAGAUGGAUUGAUUUUUGGUUAUGAAAUAGUCAGUAGUUUAGAAUAAAAAGCGUUUUCAUGGAGUUAAACUCAAAAAUAAAUGGUUUAUUCUUAAAAUUUAGAAUAAUAUGGAAUUAUGGAACCACUUACAAUACAAUUAAAAGGAAUUGAUUAGUCUAUUUUAGAAAAUUAAAUUAAGUAGAAAUUAGAUAUUUUAAAAUAUAUAAAGUUGUAUGAUUAAUGUGGUUUAUGUGAAAAAUAGCUGACUAAAGAAGAUAAGUAAUUUAUUAAUCAUUACUGGGGGGAAGGCUUAUGCAUGUCUUGUGCAAAUGAGCAAUUAGAAUAAUAGGGCGAAGAAAUUGAUAUAGCCAAAAUUAAUUAUAGAUCUAACAUAAUCUACUACACAGGCAGUAAUUGCAAAUUAUCAUAGAUAAAGCAAACUUCUAUUUUGUUAGAAAACUUAACUUACCCAUUUGGUCAUAAAGUGGGAACAAUUAGAGAGUAUUCAAAUGUUUGUUCAUCUUGUAAUUCUAAAAGAGGAUUUGGAUUUUUAUACAAAUGUUUAAUCUGUGAUUCUGUACAAUAUUGCAACACUUGUGGAUUAUAAUUAAUGAGAGAUAAUCAAAUGAAGUAUCAUUCUGCUUGUAGUCAAGAUCAUCCUCUAUUAAGAAUAGUUUUUCCAUAGAAGACACAAAAGGGAAAAAAGUGA